CUUGGCUUUGUGCUAUGCUGUCCAUAAUAUAUAUAUAUAUAUAUAUAUAUGCAUGUACAGACAUCUAUCCAUCUUGUUUCCUAGUUCAACAGCAGAGAGUCUAUCUAGCUGGGGAUUUGGCAUGGCUAUUAUUGCAGCCAGUCCAGCAGUCAGCUGCUGACAUUUAUCACAAGCCGAGUUCGGGAUUCAGAAAGAGAGAAAGAGGAAAAAGGGAAAAAAGAAACUCUAAGCGAGUAAGUUACUCCGUAGAAAUAAAUAAGGGAUAAUAAUAAUAAUAAGGCUCGAACUUGGAAGUCGAGAGAGAGAGAGUUGAGGGUUUAUCUAUCGCCUGAUCUGCCCGUUCUCCACCGCCAAAACUUAGUUAAACACGGGCUAAGAACUUAGUGGGAAGAAGCCCCAUUCUGGGCGGUGUCUGGGCGGUGUCUGGGCGGUGUCUAUCUCCGUUCUAGGCCUUCUACCGCAGUCAUCCACUUAUUAUUUACUACUAGUACUAGUUAUGAUGCCAGCGGUUAACCUAGGAGGUUGAUGUUUAUGUUAAUGUUUGUUUAUUAAUUAUUAUGCUCAUGUGGCCAGCGGAACCAGUCAGCCCGCAGGGGGACAGACAACACUCUUUGCAACUAACUAACUAGUUACAUCCUAUAACUAUAUAAUAAGAGUCUUGUUAUAAGGUAGUUAUAACACAUACACACAUACAUAGUUACUACAUUGCAAUGAGUGUUUCUGUAUAGGUAACUUUCCCCUCUCUGUUUCUCUCUCCGAGAUAUUCCAUACUCUUUUUUCUCUCUUCGAUUCCAGAUACACCUCCAUGUUACAACCAUUCAAUUAUUCUUGUAUGUACAGUUACUUCUGCUGCUGCUGCUGCUGCUGCUGCUGCUGCUGCUGCUGCUGCUGGUCCCUGAACAAGAUUUCUGCAACGGCAAAAAACCGUCCGUCUUAGCCAGUCUCAUCUGCCGGUCAUUUUUUUUUAGCUUCAUUCUUGUACAGCAAAACUCUCCUCAAACCCUCUCAGAAAAGGAAAAAAAGAAAAACCUCACAUCUUCUCUAAUUCUAUCCUAGUUAUAUUAUAUAUAUAUAUAUAUAUAUAUAUAUGAUUGCAGAAGUCUGAACCACAAUGGCCACUACGCGCUUCUUCUUCUUCUUCUUCUUCCUUUCUAACAUUUAUUCUAGUUUCGCCUCCAAGCACAAAUCUUGGAACAAGCAUCACUCGCUCGGCUACAAGGGUAUCUAAUAAAAUACAAAAAAUAAAUAAAAAAAGCUUCUCCCUCCUCAAAAUAAACAAAAAAGAACCGCUACCCUGGCGCGACCUCCAGAAUCCGCGAAACGUUUCCUUUGUCUCUCUUCUCCUCCCCCCAGGUCUACUUCACCACCUGCCCGAGACCAUUUCGCACGACCUUCUCCCACCAAAGUAUCCCGCAGAUCUAGAACCAAUCGACCCUCUUCAAUAUCCCUCCCCCCCGCGGGAUAUGGAGAUAUGUUGUUAACUCGUGCGUCUCCAGCUGCGGUGGACACGGUGGAGUCUGUGAGCUCGGGCUCGUUCACUCCAACCUCGUCGCGAAGCCGGCCCGCCUCCGUCGCUGAGUCCCUGCGCAGCAACACGGUGCCGCCGGACGGGCAUUCGCAAAAUGCGCCAGUAUCAGCCCUGUCGCUGUCGCUGUUACGGAACGAGAAAGUAAUCGCGUCGUCAAAUGGCAUUACCGUUUCGAUAUGCUUGGCUGAACCUGUGCUGUUCCUCGAAGGGUUCGAUCGGAACGAUGCCGACACGAGGAAGACUUCGAUUCUCCGGGGGAUCCUGCGUCUGAAGCUAUCUAAAUCUGCUAGGAUUAAGAAGAUUUCUUUGAAUUUCAAGGGGAUGGGCCAGACGAAUUGGCCGGACGGCCUCCCGCCCAAAAAGAGCCAACUCCACGAGCAACAUGUAAUAAUGAACCACACCUGGAUGCUAUUCAACGCGCAGCUCCCAGCCGCGGAAUAUAGCCACGGCGCAGACCACAUGAACCUCAAGGUGCCGAUGGUAUCGACAAAGGAGCUGGCCGCAUCGACAAUCGAACUACUCGCAAAAUCCGGCUCAGCCACAUCACUAGCAAAGCUACCCAAGGAAGCCAAAAGACUCUCCCUCCAAUCGACGUACUCGCGGAGCUUUGCCAAAGGCGACACCCACCACGGCGGGCCCAGCGUCGCAUCGCGAGGCUACAAGCUCUUCCAGCCGGGCGAGUACUGGUACAAUUUCGAGCUCCCCAUCUCCUCGCGGUACUCGGAGAGCAUCAACUCGAUAGCGGGCUGGGUCAAGUACACGCUGGAAGCGACUAUUGAGCGAUCGGGCGCCUUCCGCCCUAACCUCCUCGGCCACAGGGAGGUUCCCUUCAUCCGCACCCCGCCCGAGGGUUCGCUGGAGCACGUCGAGCCCAUUGCGAUAUCGCGCACGUGGGAAGACCAGCUGCACUACGACAUCAUCAUCUCGGGCAAAUCGUUCCCGCUCGGCGGGCAGGUCCCCAUUGCCUUCAAGCUGACGCCGCUGGCGAAGGUCGUGCUGCACCGCAUCAAGGUGAUUAUCUCGGAGAACACGCAGGUCGUGGCGAAUAACAAGGCACACCACCGGCUCGAUACGACGAAGAAGGUGCUUUUGUUCGAGAAGCGCGCGGAUGCGCAGAGUACCAGUGCGUUUCCUGGUAGUGUUUGUCGGGUCACCGCUGGCGGGGGGGUUGCGUACGAUUCGCGCCGGGAGGCGGCGGAGGGGAUCGAGUAUGUCAAUCGGCGGAGUACGAAUCUGCUGGGCGAUUUGGAGAGGAGCUUUGAGGCGGGGCCGACGGAGAUGGAGUUCAAUGUGCAGCUGCCUAGCUGUGCGGAGCUGAAGAAGAAGGAUACCUCCCAUGCGCUGCACUUUGAUACGACGCAUGAGCAGUUGAUAAUAAACCAUUGGAUCAAGGUAGGGUGGUGCCCGUUCAUGAUAAUAUAUGAUGAAUAA